AUGGCCAAGUUCAUGAGGAGUUACCGUGUACUCAAGCACGCGGCCAAGGUGCUGCAGCGGAGCUUCUCUUGUCCCAGGGUCUGCCGCCUACCGGAUCAAGGCUUUAAGGGGAAAGAGAGGACCGGUGCAGUGACGGCGGUGCCGCAGGAUGUGGAGGAGGGCCACUUCGCGGUGGUGGCAGUGUGGGGUGAGCAGCCGAAGAGGUUUGUGGUCUCGCUGAGCUGCCUGUCCCACCCGGUGUUCUUGAGGCUGUUGGAGCUGGCCGAGGAGGAGUUCGGCUUCCGGCAUGAGGGCGCCAUUGCGAUACCCUGCUGCCGAGCGAGUUCGAGAGAAUUAUCAGAGAUCUGCCAUAGUGAGGAAGAUGAUCAAUCGAUUGCCGUCUCGUGA